AUGGGUUUUAUAGCUUCAUAAAUAAAAAAAGCAGUAUUAGCUAUUUUGAUUUUAGCGUAACUCCUCUUAGGUUAGGAGUGUUUUUCUCAAGUUUCUAUAUAUACAACAGAACAGGAAAUGAAACACAAAGUUGAUUAAUUUAUCUUAUCUAGGGUAGAGAUUCCAAUGAGUUGUCUGUAAACAUUAUUAGAUAGUGGAUAUUAUUAAACAGCUCUUUACCUGUUUGAAGAAUAUUUUUCUUAAAUACCUGAAAAAUUAGAGGAAUCUUUCUCAUUGGUUAAAUAAAAAGCUAAUAAUAUUAAGCGUGAUCUUGAUUAGUUGUAAAUUAACUUAAUGGCCUCUAACAAAGAGGUUUAGGUAGUAGAACCUGCAUUUUAAUGGGCUUAGAGCAAAUCCCAUGUAUUCCUUUAAGUAAAAUUAGCUAUGAGACUUGAUGCCCCUGCUUGCUUAACCUGUAAAGAGGAAAUAGUAAAAAUAGAAAAUAAUACCUUUUAUAUGAGUGCAUUUGGCAUUAUUUCACACACUCCUGUCCGUUUUAAAUUAAAUUUUUCACUUUGCCACCCAGUUUCUAUUGUAGAUAGUUCAUGGAAUUAUGAAAGUGUAGGAACAUACUUUUUCAGUUUAGCUAAAAUGAACAAUACUUAAUUGUGGCUAAAUUUAGAAAAAGACUCCAAUAGAAAAGUGCAAAUUUGGUGGGAUAUGAGAGAAAAGCACCAAAAUGAUAUGGACGACUGGGGUAAAAUGAAAGAAGAAGAAGCUGAUAAUUUGGAAAAAUAAAAAAGAGAAGAAAAGAAGAAAGCCAAAUAAGAAAAGAAAAAAGCUAGACUGGAAUAGAAUAGAAUAAAAAAAGAAGCAGAACUUGAAAGAAAGAAAAAAGAAGAAGAAGAAUCAUGGACUGGCUGGUUCUCAAAGAAAAUAUAUGGCUCUGAUUGA